AUGAGCAACCAAAAUACGCCAUUCAGGGUAGCUGUUGUCGGUGGUGGCCUCGGUGGCUUAUCGGUGGCAGUAGGGCUACUCCGCCGUGGCAUUCCUGUCGAUGUCUAUGAGGCCAACCCUGAAUUUCGCGAGACAGGCCUGGGGUUGGGUAUUGGGCCAGCGGCUCACCGUGCGCUGCCCUUGAUUGACGAGAAGCUGGGCGAGACCUACGAUGCCAUGGUCACGACACAUGAGACGAGCACGGGCAACCCAGAUGACCGCACCAUCUGGUUCCGUGCGACAACGGGAUAUGGCGAGAGAUCGGGUAACAUCUUCCAUACGCAGCGUGCGCUGCCUUCCGGCCUUACCAGCGUCCGUCGAUCCGACUUUCUGGGUGCUCUGGUGAACCUCAUCCCCAAGGAGUGCACACAUCUCAGCAAAAAGUUUGUCGACCUGAAGCAGCAUGAUGAUGGGGUAACCAUGUACUUUGAGGACGGCACAACCGCCGAAGCCGACUAUGUUAUUGGCUGUGACGGUAUCAAAUCCAGAGUCAAGACGGCUCUGUUCCCAGACGAGCCGAAUAAGCCGGCAUACAGCGGCAUGUAUGGCUAUCGCGCCCUGAUUCCCAUGGAUGUCAUGGAGGAGACGAUUGGCGACGCAGCACGCUACGCAACAUGGCAUCUUGCGCCGGGCAAAUACGUGAUUCACUAUCCCAUUGCGCAUGCAAAGGAGCUCAACGUGGGAUUCUACACGCUCCACGACAAAUGGGAGGACGAGAGUUGGGUCCGCGAGGGCAGCAGGGAGGAUAUGGAAAACGAUUUUGCGCAGAUGACGGGGGCUGUUCCCAAGAUUCUCAAGUUAAUGCCCAGCCCAUCACAAUGGGCAAUUUUCCAAAACCCGCCCAUCCAGACCUACGCUAAAGAUUCCGUCGCCAUCAUCGGCGACGCGGCACACGCAACCUCUCCUCACAUGGGCGCCGGCGCUGGACAGGCCAUUGAAGAUGCAUAUGUUCUUGUAGAGAUGCUGGCCGACCCGCGCCUGAAAGAAAGGCGUCAUGUACAAGCAGCACUGCAGGCAUAUGACCUUGUGCGUCGGCCGCGCAGCCAAAAGGUGGUACAAAAAAGCCACGAGAAUGCAAAGGCACUGUGUCUCAUGGCGCCGGGCAUUGGAACCGACGAGGAGAAGCUGCGCGACUUGUGGACAGACAAUUUUCACUGGCUGUGGGAUUUGGACAUGAAGGCGCACGCAGAAUCUGCCAGAAGCAUCCUCACAGAGCUCCUGGCCAAAACGAGCCCUUGA